GCAGCCAAUCAGAGGAAGCUAUUUCGGACCUUUAAAUCUUGCACAAAAUUCAAAUCUUUAAUUCUCUGCUGCUAUUGAAUGAGAGAGAACAUUUAGGCCCAAACAAGUCUUAAGCUGAAUCAAUUUCCACAAUCCACUAGUCGGUGUUUUUAAUCUUAGUUAAAACGAUACCUAAAAACCAAUCAUGUCUGGCCAGGAAAACAGAAUGAAGUCCUUCAAGAACAAAGGGCGUGACAAUCAGGAGAUGAGAAGAAGAAGAGCAGAUGUUUCUGUAGAGCUCAGAAAAUCUCGCAAAAAUGAUCAACUUCUUAAGAGGAGAAAUGUGAAUGUUGAUGACGAACCCCCUAGUCCACUUCAAGAACAAAAGCAGACUACAGCUCCAAUGUCUAUAGCAGAAAUUGUACAGGCGCUGAAGGCUGCUAGCAACACCAGGGAGCUGUUCUUAGCUGUACAAGCUACACGCAAACUACUAUCGCGUGAACUCCAUCCACCCAUCAAUGAAGUCAUUGAGGCUGGCAUUGUGCCAAAGUUUAAAGACUUGCUGGAUCGCAGUGAUGAACCUAGUAUUCAGUUUGAGGCUGCAUGGGCUUUGACAAAUAUUGCAUCAGGUACAUCAGAUCAGACGAGGACAGUUGUCGGAUCUGGAGCAGUGCCUGAAUUCAUCAAACUCCUCUCCUCCCCACACAAAAACGUCAGUGAGCAAGCUGUUUGGGCUCUGGGUAACAUUGCAGGUGAUGGGCCUGAUAUGAGGGAUUUCGUGAUCCGCAGCGGCAUCAUCCCACCACUAAAGGCACUGAUAACCCCUGAAACACCUGCCGCUUUUCUUCGCAACAUCACAUGGACGUUUUCAAAUCUUUGCCGAAACAAAAACCCAGCCCCACCUCCUGAGGUUGCAGUCGCCGUUCUCCCGACCCUAGUUGAACUGAUUCAUCACUGCGACACUGAAGUCCUUGCUGAUGCAUGCUGGGCCCUGUCCUACCUAACUGAUGGAACCAACGAUAGAAUUCAGCAAGUUGUUGCUUCUGGUGUGAUACCCAUACUUGUCAAACUCCUUAGCUGUGGAGAAGUUUCAGUAAUGACUCCAUCACUGCGAGCCCUUGGAAACAUAGUAACUGGUACCGAUGAACAGACACAGGCUGUCAUCAAUGCCAAUGCUCUUGGUGGAUUCAGGGGUCUGUUGGAGAGCAAACGUACCAACCUGUGCAAAGAAGCUUGCUGGACCCUUAGUAACAUCACUGCUGGCAACGUGAACCAGAUUGAGGCUGUGUGCGAGUCCAAGUUACUAAAGCCCUUGGUAGCUGUUCUCAACUCGGGCGAAUACAAAUGCCAGAAGGAAGCUUGCUGGGCCGUUUCCAACUUCACCACGGGAGCAAAUGUUCAACAGAUCGUGAAGCUAGUCCAUGCAGGUGUUGUUGGUCCAUUGUGUGAUAUGCUGGUAGUCAAGGAAGCUAAGAUUGUCAUGAUCGCCCUGGAUGCCCUCAACAACAUUCUUGCUGCUGCCGGUCAACUGGACCAGAAAAGCAAAAUAUGUUCAAUGAUUGAGGAGAUCGGGGGACUCGAUAAGAUUGAAACGCUGCAGACGCAUUCCAAUGAGAGUAUUUAUGAGAAGGCUCUUCAUAUAAUUGAUAAGCACUUCCCACUGGAGGACGAAGAAGUUGUCGAAAUAAUGCCACAAACCAACGAGCAAGGAACAUUCCAGCUGAAUGUAGCUCAAUCCAUCCCAGCUGGUGGCUUUAACUUAUAGGUCACCUCCUGCCUAUUGACCCUUAUACAAGUUUACAUCUUCGAAAGUUUGUCUGUCUGUAGCACGUCUCAAACAUAAACAUAUCUUAUAAAGCAAAUUCUGUGUUGAAAAAAUCUGUUCUUUAUUAAACGUACUGUAUGACAGGAAUCUUGUUUCCUUUUAAAGAUACCAAGUGUUUUGAUGUUGAUAAACAAAAAUGUAAUCAAGAUUUAUUGUUAAUUGAUGUUUCUUGAAAAGAUCUUUUUGUAAAUGUUUGAGAAAAGUAACCCAAUUUUCUUGAUUUUUGUAGAGAUAGGUAAGUAUAAACAACCAAGCAGAAAUAUAUUUAGUCCAAUGAACGAUGUAGUUUCGUAGUAUAGGUAACAAAUCAAAAAAAUAUUGUAAAUGCCUAAAAAAAAUUUAUACAGUACUGUACAUAUUUUAAAUGUCAUCAGUCGUUGGGCAUCUUCCAGUCCAGUCACAAAUUUAUUGCUGCAAGAAACACGAUGCAAUAUAAGACAUCUGAAGUGCUUGCAAAAACCUUUAAUACUUCCAGUGUCCGUAACUUUUACUAAUUAAUGAAAACAAAAUCAAUGCAUGUGUAUAUUAUACAAGAUGAGAUCUAUUUGCAAGAUGCGCGUGUAUAUAAUUCCCUAGGAACGCGAGUAUUGGUCAUUCUGCCAUUAAUGCGUAUAUAUUGCGCCGAAAAGUACUAAAACAUGGGCCGUGGCUGUGUUAAAUAACAUGAGAAUUCAUACCAUGAAGGCAACUAUGUGGGCGUGUAUAUAAUUCCAGAGUGCGCGCAUGUACAGUAUAAAUACCUUGUACAGUGUAAAAUAAAAUCAGUUUCUCAUUUGCAAGUUACUGCAAUCAAUGUGGAAGAGGAGACAUUAAAAAACGAUUAUAAAGUAUUUAGAGUAUGUUCAUUUGUUUUGUUGUUUAAAUAAUCCAUUGGUUUCAUAUCCAAUGCUUAUAUUUAAUGUGUAAUAGGAAAUUACUGUAAUAAUAAAUGCAACUAGUCUGUGUUUGCAUUUGUGGUGGAUGGAUCUCAA